ACCAGAUGUAAUAAAAGAAAAUUCUAAAAAUAAAAAAAUAAAUACAUUUGUUUUCGAAUAUGGAAUAGAACUUUAAGACGCCCAUUGUAUGGAAACUGGAAAGAGAGACAAUUUUUACUUCCCCUAAAACAACUUUUCGUGCCCUCGUCUCCGUUGAAGGUUUUUGUUCAAUCAAUUCUCUCUGCGCUUUCUUCAAGAGUCAAAAGGAAAAAAUGAUCAGAUUGUUCAAAGUAAAAGAGAAGCAAAGAGAGGAUACUGAGAAUGGCAAUGCGAGGGGCCCUUGUAACAAGCAGACUGCUGGGGAACUGCGUCUACGCAAAGACAUUACCGAGCUGAACCUGCCCCGUUCUUGUACAAUAUCAUUUCCAGAUGGAAAGGAUAAGUUGAUGAGCUUUGAGAUUAAAAUUCAGCCAGAUGGUGGAUACUAUGCUGGAGGAAACUUUUUGUUCUCUUUCCAGGUUCCAUCAAUCUAUCCACAUGAACCACCAAAAGUCAAGUGCAAGACCAAGGUAUAUCAUCCUAAUAUCGAUUUGGAGGGUAAUGUAUGCCUCAACGUACUUAGAGAAGAUUGGAAACCUGUUCUCAACAUUAACACAAUUAUCUAUGGAUUGUAUCUUCUUUUCACGGAACCAAACCAUGAAGAUCCCCUUAAUCUCGAGGCUGCAGCUGUGUUGAGAGAUAAUCCUGAGUUGUUUCAAUCAAACGUGAAAAGGGCUAUGCAAGGUGGAACUGUGGUCAAUAUAAGCUUCACGCGAUGCGUGUAGCCUUUUCUCUGAUGCUGGCAAUAGUGUUUCCGAUCAGAUGCUGUACCAUUUUGAGGCUUGCUGGGUUGUAUGUGGUGUCUGCAAACUUGCAGUGCCAUCUUAUCUGAGUGUCUGAUUUUCAUGGAGUAUAUAAAUUUUAGCUUUAACUUCUUUGACGCGUAUCGAUUAGCGAAUAUUUUUUAAAUAAAUAUCAUCAUUAUUUAGGUAUUUGGAAA